AUGGCACUCAAUUGGGCAAUGCUUUCUUCUCACCGCGCACCGGUACCACUACCCAACGAAAUGACGAUUACGACUGUGGAUUCGGGGGUCGACGUGUCGCUCACUAUCCUAGAUACUCCACCGGUAGGACCAUCGUCGACUGCGGGAAGAAGUGGUGGCGCGAAGAAAAUGAAGGCAACCGGGAGGUUGUGGCUGACCGAUCAACGGUUCAUAUUUGUCACUGAUGCCAAUUCCUCGUUUGAGUCGUUAUCUGUCCCGCUACACGCAAUCCUGUCAACGCGGUUCGAGCAACCCACCUUUGGUGCAAACUACCUUACAUUUCAAGUAAAGCCCUCUGCAGAAGGCGGGCUGACAGAAGGGACGACUGUAGAAGUGCGAUUCAAAGAUCGUGCAAUGUUUGAGUUUGUUAGUUUGUUGGAGAAGUCAAGGGAGCGGGCGAUAUAUAUGAAGAGGCAGAUCCAGGAAGACGAGGAAGGGCUACCUACGUACACAAUGCCCGCGGAAUCAAGUACAGUAUCAAUGGUUGGAGGAAUUCCUGUCGAGAAUCCUCCAAGCUACGCUUAA